CGCAGGGGACCAGCGCCUGCGAUGCGGAGCGUGGACUUCUUGGGCCGUACCCCUGCGGCUCAAGCUGCCCCGGAUUCGCUUCUCCGGUCGUGCAGCCUGGCGCGGGCCGCUGUCCACAGUGGGAGGUGCUGAAAGCAGGGAGCGGGUGCGGGGGCGGCGAGGCGGACGGCUGCUCCGAGCGCCCCCCUCCUCGCUCCGCGGCUCCUCCAGCCCUCCCCUCCUCCCGCAGCCAUGUUCCACGCGCGGGGAGGGGUGGGGGGAGGGGAGAGGCACGGGGGAUCAGGGCGGAGAGAGCCGGCUCUGCCUCGGGGAAGGAGGGGAUGAGAGUUGGGGGGAGCAGCGGGAGGAGGCGGCGGCGGCGGCUAGCGAGGAGACAGAGCUGGGUCCUGCAGUAGGACUCCCGGGAGCCACCAUUAUGGUGAAGAGGAAGAGCUCCGAGGGCCAGGAGCAGGACGGCGGCCGCGGCAUCCCCCUGCCCAUCCAGACCUUCCUGUGGCGGCAAACCAGUGCAUUUUUGAGGCCCAAACUGGGGAAGCAAUAUGAAGCUUCUUGUGUGUCCUUUGAGCGAGUGUUGGUAGAAAACAAGCUGCAUGGCCUCUCUCCAGCUCUCUCUGAAGCCAUCCAGAGCAUUUCCAGAUGGGAACUGGUGCAAGCUGCUUUGCCUCAUGUCCUCCACUGCACUGCAACCCUGCUUUCAAACCGAAACAAGCUAGGCCACCAGGAUAAAUUGGGUGUUGCUGAGACAAAGCUCCUUCACACUCUACACUGGAUGCUUCUGGAGGCCCCCCAGGACUGCAACAAUGAGCGGUUUGGGGGUACAGACCGAGGCUCCAGCUGGGGUGGAAGCAGCAGUGCUUUCAUCCACCAGGUUGAAAACCAGGGUUCUCCAGGGCAGCCUUGCCAAAGCAGCUCUAAUGACGAAGAAGAGAACAACCGAAGAAAGAUCUUCCAGAACUCCAUGGCUACUGUGGAGCUCUUCGUGUUUCUGUUUGCUCCCCUGGUACACAGGAUCAAGGAAUCUGACCUCACCUUCCGUCUGGCCAGUGGGCUUGUUAUAUGGCAGCCCAUGUGGGAACACAGACAGCCCGAAGUCUCUGGCUUUACCGCACUGGUGAAGCCCAUCAGGAACAUCAUUACAGCUAAGAGAAGUUCUCCUAUCAACAGUCAAAGCCAGACCUGUGAAUCACCAAAUCAAGAUGCAAGACACUUAGAGGGACUCCAGGUGGUUUGUGAAACAUUCCAGUCUGAUUCCAUCUCACCCAAGGCCACCAUUUCAGGCUGUCACCGAGGAAACUCCUUUGAUGGAAGUCUGUCCUCCCAAACUUCCCAGGAAAGAGGCCCAUCACAUUCCAGGGCCUCUCUUGUGAUACCUCCGUGCCAAAGGUCCCGCUAUGCCACCUACUUUGACGUUGCUGUUCUGCGCUGCCUACUUCAGCCCCAUUGGUCUGAGGAAGGCACUCAGUGGUCUCUGAUGUACUAUUUACAAAGGCUGCGACACAUGUUGGAAGAGAAGCCAGAAAAGCCUCCGGAGCCAGAUAUUCCUCUCCUGCCCAGACCCAGGAGUAGCUCCAUGGUGGCGGCAGCUCCCUCACUAGUGAACACCCACAAAACCCAAGAUCUCACCAUGAAGUGUAACGAGGAGGAAAAAUCUCUUAGCUCUGAGGCCUUUUCCAAGGUUUCACUGACCAAUCUGCGUAGAUCUGCAGUCCCAGAUCUUUCUUCAGACCUGGGCAUGAAUAUUUUUAAAAAGUUCAAGAGCCGCAAAGAAGACCGAGAGAGGAAAGGCUCCAUUCCAUUCCACCACACAGGCAAGAGGAGGCCACGGAGAAUGGGAGUGCCCUUCCUGCUUCACGAGGACCACCUGGAUGUGUCCCCCACGCGCAGCACAUUCUCCUUUGGAAGUUUCUCUGGGCUGGGAGAAGACAGGCGAGGAAUUGAGAAAGGAGGCUGGCAAACCACCAUUUUAGGGAAAUUGACCCGGCGAGGCAGUUCAGAUGCAGCCACUGAGAUGGAGAGUCUGAGCGCCAGGCAUUCCCACUCCCAUCACACCCUGGUAAGCGACCUGCCGGACCCCUCCAACAGCCAUGGAGAAAACACCGUCAAGGAAGUGCGAUCUCAGAUCUCCACCAUCACAGUUGCGACCUUCAAUACCACUUUGGCGUCAUUCAACGUAGGCUACGCAGACUUUUUCAAUGAGCAUAUGAGGAAACUCUGCAACCAGGUGCCUAUCCCAGAGAUGCCACAUGAACCUCUGGCAUGUGCUAACCUACCUCGAAGCCUCACAGACUCCUGCAUAAACUACAGCUACCUAGAGGACACAGAACAUAUUGACGGGACCAAUAACUUUGUCCACAAGAAUGGAAUGCUUGAUCUUUCUGUAGUUCUGAAGGCUGUUUAUCUUGUCCUUAAUCAUGACAUCAGCUCUCGUAUCUGUGACGUGGCACUAAACAUUGUGGAAUGCUUGCUUCAACUUGGUGUGGUGCCCUGUGUAGAAAAGAAUAGAAAGAAGAGUGAAAACAAGGAAAAUGAGACUUUGGAAAAGAGGCCAAGUGAGGGAGCUUUCCAAUUCAAAGGAGUAUCUGGAAGUUCCACCUGUGGAUUCGGAGGCCCUGCUGUUAGUGGAGCUGGAGAUGGUGGAGGAGAAGAAGGAGGAGGUGGAGAUGGAGGAGGUGGAGGAGGUGAUGGAGGAGGAGGUGGAGGAGGUGGAGGCGGCCCUUAUGAGAAGAAUGAUAAGAACCAAGAGAAGGAUGAAAGUACACCUGUAAGCAACCAUAGGCUUGCCCUAACAAUGCUCAUCAAAAUAGUGAAGUCUUUGGGAUGUGCCUAUGGUUGUGGUGAAGGACACCGAGGGCUCUCUGGAGAUCGUCUGAGACACCAGGUAUUCCGAGAGAAUGCCCAGAACUGCCUCACUAAGCUAUACAAGCUAGAUAAGAUGCAGUUCCGACAAACCAUGAGGGACUAUGUGAACAAGGACUCUCUCAAUAAUGUAGUGGACUUCUUGCAUGCUUUGCUAGGAUUUUGUAUGGAGCCGGUCACUGACAACAAGGCUGGGUUUGGAAAUAACUUCACCACAGUGGACAACAAAUCCACAGCCCAAAAUGUGGAAGGCAUUAUCGUCAGCGCCAUGUUUAAAUCCCUCAUCACACGCUGCGCUUCAACCACACAUGAAUUGCACAGCCCUGAGAAUCUGGGACUGUAUUGUGACAUUCGUCAGCUGGUCCAGUUUAUCAAAGAGGCUCAUGGGAAUGUCUUCAGGAGAGUGGCCCUCAGCGCUCUGCUUGACAGUGCCGAGAAGUUAGCACCAGGGAAAAAGGUGGAGGAGAAUGAACAGGAAUCUAAGCCUGCAGGCAGUAAAAGGUCAGAGGCGGGAAGCAUUGUGGAUAAAGGCCAGGUAUCCUCUGCACCUGAGGAAUGUCGCAGCUUCAUGUCUGGUCGCCCCUCACAGACUCCAGAGCACGAUGAGCAAAUGCAAGGAGCCAACUUGGGGCGGAAAGAUUUCUGGCGUAAGAUGUUCAAGUCCCAGAGUGCAGCAAGUGACACCAGCAGCCAGUCUGAACAGGACACUUCAGAAUGCACCACUGCCCACUCAGGGACCACCUCUGACCGACGUGCCCGCUCACGAUCCCGCAGAAUUUCCCUCCGAAAGAAGCUUAAACUCCCCAUAGGUAAAAGGAACUGGCUGAAAAGAUCAUCCCUCUCAGGCCUGGCAGAUGGUGUGGAGGACCUCCUGGACAUUAGCUCUGUGGACCGACUCUCUUUCAUCAGGCAAAGCUCCAAGGUCAAAUUCACUAGUGCUGUGAAGCUUUCUGAAGGUGGGCCAGGAAGUGGCAUGGAAAAUGGAAGAGAUGAAGAGGAGAAUUUCUUCAAGCGUCUUGGUUGCCACAGUUUUGAUGAUCAUCUCUCUCCCAACCAAGAUGGCGGAAAAAGCAAAAACGUGGUGAAUCUUGGAGCAAUCCGGCAAGGCAUGAAACGCUUCCAAUUUCUGUUAAACUGCUGUGAGCCAGGGACAAUUCCUGAUGCCUCCAUCCUAGCAGCUGCCUUGGAUCUAGAAGCCCCUGUGGUGGCCAGAGCAGCCUUGUUCCUGGAAUGUGCUCGUUUUGUUCACCGCUGCAACCGUGGCAACUGGCCAGAGUGGAUGAAAGGGCACCAUGUGAACAUCACCAAGAAAGGACUUUCCCGGGGACGCUCUCCCAUUGUGGGCAACAAGCGAAACCAGAAGCUGCAGUGGAAUGCAGCCAAGCUCUUCUACCAAUGGGGAGACGCAAUUGGCGUCCGAUUGAAUGAGCUGUGCCACGGGGAAAGUGAGAGCCCAGCCAACCUGCUGGGUCUCAUUUACGAUGAAGAGACCAAGAGGAGACUUAGAAAGGAGGAUGAGGAGGAAGACUUUUUAGAUGACAGUAAGGAGACUCCCUUUACUACAAGAACCCCUGCUUGUACUGUGAACCCCUCUAAAUGCGGUUGCCCCUUUGCCUUGAAGAUGGCAGCAUGUCAGCUUCUUCUGGAGAUUACCACCUUCCUGCGAGAGACCUUUUCUUGCCUGCCCAGACCUCGCACUGAGCCUCUGGUGGACUUGGAGAGCUGCAGACUUCGUUUGGAUCCCGAGUUGGACCGGCACAGAUAUGAGAGGAAGAUCAGCUUUGCUGGGGUUCUGGACGAAAAUGAAGACUCAAAAGAUUCUCUCCACAGCAGCAGCCACACUCUCAAAUCAGAUGCAGGAGUCGAGGAGAAGAAAGUUCCCAGCAGGAAGAUCAGGAUAGGAGGUUCUCGCCUGCUCCAGAUUAAAGGAACCCGCAGUUUCCAGGUGAAGAAGGGGGGUUCCUUGUCCAGCAUUCGCCGGGUCGGCAGCUUAAAGAGCAGCAAGUUAUCACGGCAGGACUCAGAGUCUGAGGCUGAGGAGCUGCAGCUGUCCCAGAGCAGGGACACUGUCACUGACCUAGAAGGGAGUCCUUGGAGUGCAAGCGAGCCCAGCAUUGAGCCAGAGGGAAUGAGUAAUGCCGGCGCGGAGGAGAAUUACCACAGAAACAUGUCGUGGCUUCAUGUGAUGAUCUUGCUGUGCAAUCAGCAGAGUUUCAUCUGCACUCACGUUGACUACUGCCAUCCCCACUGCUACCUGCACCACAGCCGCUCCUGUGCCCGACUGGUCAGAGCCAUCAAGCUACUCUAUGGAGACAGUGUGGACUCCCUGAGGGAAAGCAGCAACAUCAGCAGUGUGGCUCUCCGGGGCAAGAAACAGAAAGAAUGCUCAGAUAAGUCAUGCCUGAGGACACCUUCUCUAAAGAAGAGAGUUUCAGAUGCCAAUCUGGAAGGAAAAAAAGAUUCCGGAAUGCUGAAGUACAUCAGACUUCAGGUGAUGAGCUUGUCGCCUGCUCCCUUAUCUCUGUUAAUCAAGGCAGCACCAAUUCUGACAGAGGAGAUGUACGGAGACAUCCAGCCAGCUGCCUGGGAGCUCCUGCUCAGCAUGGAUGAGCACAUGGCAGGGGCAGCAGCUGCCAUGUUCCUGCUGUGUGCAGUGAAGGUGCCUGAGGCCGUGUCCGACAUGCUGAUGUCAGAGUUCCACCACCCGGAGACUGUGCAGAGGCUGAACGCUGUCCUCAAGUUCCACACGCUCUGGAGGUUUCGCUAUCAGGUCUGGCCCCGGAUGGAGGAAGGGGCACAGCAGAUUUUUAAGAUUCCGCCUCCCAGUAUCAAUUUCACCCUUCCCUCGCCGGUGCUUGGAAUGCCAUCUGUCCCAAUGUUUGACCCACCGUGGGUUCCUCAGUGCAGCGGGAGUGUCCAGGACCCCAUUAAUGAAGACCAGUCUAAAUCCUUUUCAGCCCGGGCUGUGUCCCGCUCCCAUCAAAGGGCAGAACACAUCUUAAAGAACUUGCAGCAGGAGGAAGAAAAGAAACGACUUGGUAGAGAAGCCAGCCUCAUCACCGCCAUCCCCAUCACCCAGGAGGCUUGCUAUGAGCCCACAUGCACGCCCAACUCAGAACCGGAAGAAGAAGUAGAAGAAGUCACCAAUCUGGCAUCCCGUCGACUGUCUGUGAGUCCAUCCUGCACCUCCAGCACUUCCCACAGGAAUUAUUCCUUCCGCCGCGGGUCAGUCUGGUCAGUGCGUUCAGCCGUCAGUGCUGAAGAUGAGGAACAUACCACUGAACACACGCCGAACCACCAUGUGCCUCAGCCCCCACAAGCAGUGUUCCCAGCAUGCAUCUGUGCAGCAGUACUUCCCAUUGUUCAUCUGAUGGAGGAUGGUGAGGUGCGGGAAGAUGGAGUAGCAGUGAGUGCUGUGGCUCAACAAGUCUUAUGGAACUGUCUAAUUGAAGAUCCAUCAACGGUUCUUCGACAUUUUCUGGAAAAACUGACCAUCAGCAAUAGACAAGAUGAGUUAAUGUACAUGCUGCGCAAACUUCUCUUGAAUAUUGGAGACUUUCCUGCUCAGACAUCUCACAUCCUAUUCAACUAUUUGGUAGGAUUAAUCAUGUACUUUGUGCGGACCCCCUGCGAGUGGGGGAUGGAUGCCAUUUCAGCCACCCUGACAUUCCUGUGGGAGGUGGUGGGUUACGUGGAGGGCCUCUUCUUCAAGGAUCUCAAGCAGACGAUGAAGAAGGAGCAGUGUGAGGUGAAGCUCCUGGUGACCGCUUCAAUGCCAGGUACUAAAACCUUGGUAGUUCAUGGACAGAAUGAGUGCGAUAUCCCAACCCAGUUACCAGUCCAUGAAGACACUCAAUUUGAAGCCCUGUUGAAGGAGUGUCUGGAGUUUUUUAAUAUCCCAGAAUCCCAGUCAACACAUUAUUUUCUUAUGGAUAAACGAUGGAACCUUAUCCACUACAAUAAGACCUAUGUUCGAGAUAUUUAUCCUUUCCGGAGGUCAGUAUCUCCCCAGCUGAACCUUGUACAUAUGCAUCCAGAGAAGGGACAGGAGCUCAUUCAGAAACAGGUGUUCACCCGAAAGCUGGAAGAAGUAGGGCGGGUGUUGUUUCUCAUCUCCCUAACCCAGAAGAUCCCCACAGCCCACAAACAGUCCCACGUCUCCAUGCUUCAGGAAGACCUCCUCCGCCUGCCCUCAUUCCCUCGUAGUGCUAUUGAUGCUGAGUUUUCACUCUUCAGUGAUCCUCAAGCUGGAAAGGAACUAUUUGGCCUCGACACUCUUCAGAAAAGCUUGUGGAUCCAGCUGCUGGAGGAAAUGUUCCUGGGCAUGCCGAGCGAGUUUCCGUGGGGAGACGAAAUCAUGCUUUUCCUCAACGUUUUUAACGGGGCUCUGAUCCUCCACCCAGAAGACAGUGCCCUGCUCAGGCAGUAUGCUGCCACCGUCAUCAACACCGCGGUGCACUUCAACCACCUCUUCUCUCUCAGCGGCUACCAGUGGAUUCUCCCCACCAUGCUGCAGGUGUACUCCGACUAUGAAAGCAAUCCCCAGCUGCGUCAAGCCAUCGAAUUUGCCUGUCACCAGUUCUAUAUUCUACACCGGAAGCCCUUUGUGCUCCAGCUGUUUGCUAGUGUGGCCCCUCUCCUGGAAUUUCCUGAUGCUGCCAAUAAUGGGCCCAGCAAAGGUGUGUCAGCUCAGUGCCUGUUUGACUUGCUGCAGUCCCUAGAGGGAGAGACCACUGACAUAUUAGACAUCUUAGAGCUGGUCAAAGCUGAGAAGCCUCUCAAGUCAUUAGAUUUCUGCUAUGGAAACGAAGAUCUGACAUUUUCUAUCAGUGAAGCCAUUAAGCUCUGUGUCACUGUGGUGGCGUAUGCUCCCGAAUCAUUCAGAAGUCUUCAGAUGCUGAUGGUCUUAGAAGCCUUAGUUCCAUGUUACCUACAAAAGCUAAAGAGGCAGACAUCACAGGUGGAGACAGUACCUGCUGCCCGAGAGGAGAUUGCGGCCACUGCUGCUCUUGCGACGUCCCUACAGGCCCUUUUAUACAGUGUAGAGGUCCUCACCAGGCCCAUGACAGCCCCACAGAUGAGCAGGUGUGACCAAGGUCAUAAGGGAACCACCACAGCCAAUCACACCAUGUCGUCUGGGGUGAACACCAGGUACCAGGAACAAGGAGCCAAACUGCACUUUAUCAGGGAAAACCUUCAUUUACUGGAGGAAGGGCAAGGCAUUCCCAGAGAGGAACUGGAUGAACGAAUUGCUCGGGAAGAGUUCAGAAGACCCCGGGAGUCCUUACUGAAUAUUUGCACUGAGUUCUAUAAGCACUGUGGGCCACGGCUGAAGAUCUUGCAAAAUCUGGCUGGGGAGCCUCGGGUCACUGCCUUGGAACUGCUGGAUGUGAAGUCUCACAUGAGGUUGGCAGAAAUUGCACACUCCCUUCUGAAGCUGGCACCAUAUGACACUCAGACAAUGGAGAGUCGUGGGCUUCGGCGCUACAUCAUGGAGAUGCUACCCAUUACUGACUGGACAGCUGAGGCAGUGAGGCCGGCCCUCAUCCUCAUUUUAAAAAGAUUGGAUAGAAUGUUCAACAAAAUUCAUAAGAUGCCUACUUUGAGAUUUAGUCGAGUGGGGCAGGCCUGCCUCUGCUACGUUUUCAGUAUCUUCUUCCCCUCCCAGUGUGCUCUGUGCUUUUGGAACAAUAUGGGUAAACUUCAUCCCAGAGACACAUCCUGUCUUAGAUGGCGUCAGAAUCACUGUCUCAUUCACUUGUUUCAGACUCUCCAGAAGGGAGCCAAGACGCUAAUGGCGCCUAUAUUGUAUUCCAGGCGACAGGUUGAGUGGGAGCCUGCCAGCAAUUUGAUUGAAGGGGUUUGUUUGACACUUCAGAGGCAGCCAAUCAUAUCCUUCCUGCCUCACCUUAGGUCACUGAUCAAUGUCUGUGUCAAUCUGGUGAUGGGAGUGGUAGGACCUUCCAGUGUUGCUGAUGGAUUACCCCUUCUUCAUCUCAGCCCUUAUCUCUCACCACCUCUGCCCUUCAGCACAGCUGUUGUCCGGCUUGUAGCAUUGCAGAUACAGGCUUUAAAAGAAGAUUUUCCUUUAAGCCAUGUGAUCUCCCCAUUCACCAAUCAAGAGCGAAGGGAGGGGAUGCUUUUAAAUCUGCUCAUCCCAUUUGUGCUCACAGUAGGAUCUGGAAGCAAAGAUAGCCCAUGGCUGGAGCAGCCUGAGGUGCAGCUGCUGCUGCAGACAGUCAUCAAUGUACUCCUCCCACCGCGGAUCAUCAGCACAUCCAGGAGCAAGAACUUCAUGUUAGAGAGCUCCCCAGCCCACUGCUCCACCCCUGGGGAUGCGGGGAAAGACUUGCGCAGGGAAGGGCUGGCUGAGUCCACCAGCCAAGCAGCAUACUUGGCGCUGAAGGUGAUUCUCGUCUGCUUUGAGAGGCAGCUCGGAAGCCAGUGGUACUGGCUGAGCCUCCAGGUGAAGGAGAUGGCUCUGCGGAAGGUGGGAGGCCUGGCCCUUUGGGAUUUCCUCGACUUCAUCGUGCGGACCCGAAUACCCAUCUUUGUGCUUUUGCGCCCUUUCAUCCAGUGCAAGCUGCUGGCCCAACCAGCAGAGAAUCAUGAAGAGCUUUCCGCCCGGCAACAUAUUGCGGACCAGCUGGAGCGGCGCUUCAUACCACGCCCUUUGUGUAAGAGCUCACUCAUUGCUGAGUUCAACAGUGAACUAAAAAUUCUAAAAGAGGCAGUUCAUAGUGGAUCAGCCUACCAAGGCAAGACAUCCAUCAGUACCGUGGGCACCUCCACCUCUGCUUACCGCCUGAGCUUGGCCACCAUGUCCCGCUCUAACACGGGCACGGGCACUGUCUGGGAGCAGGACAGUGAGCCAUCCCAGCAGGCUUCGCAGGACACCCUGAGUCGGACUGAUGAGGAAGAUGAGGAAAAUGACUCUAUAAGCAUGCCCAGCGUGGUAAGUGAACAAGAAGCUUACCUCCUGAGUGCCAUUGGAAGGAGGCGAUUCUCCAGCCAUGUCUCCAGCAUGUCUGCACCUCAGGCUGAGGUGGGCAUGCUACCCAGCCAGAGUGAACCUAAUGUCCUCGAUGACUCCCAGGGCCUGGCCGCCGAGGGCAGCCUCUCUAGGGUGGCAAGUAUACAGAGUGAACCUGGUCAACAGAACCUCCUUGUUCAGCAGCCGCUGGGGAGGAAGAGGGGCCUGAGGCAGCUAAGACGUCCUCUACUAUCACGUCAGAAAACUCAGACUGAACCCAGAAAUCGCCAAGGGGCUCGGCUGUCAACCACUCGCAGGAGCAUUCAACCUAAAACGAAGCCGUCUGCGGAUCAGAAACGAUCUGUGACCUUCAUUGAGGCUCAGCCAGAGCCAGCAGCUGCCCUAACAGAUGCGCUUCCUGCAACAGGCCAACUACAGGGCUGCAGCCCAGCCCCUUCUAGGAAACCAGAAGCAAUGGACGAACCAGUCCUCACAUCUUCUCCCGCCAUAGUUGUUGCGGAUCUCCACAGCGUGUCUCCCAAGCAGAGUGAGAACUUCCCCACUGAAGAAGGAGAAAAGGAGGAGGACACAGAAGCACAAGGUGCUACUGCACACAGUCCACUCUCUACCCAACUCUCUGACCCUGAUGACUUCACAGGCCUCGAGACAUCCAGCCUUCUACAGCAUGGAGACACUGUCCUUCAUAUCAGUGAGGAAAAUGGCAUGGAGAACCCGCUACUAUCUAGUCAGUUCACCUUUACUCCCACUGAGCUGGGGAAAACGGAUGCAGUAUUAGAUGAGUCUCAUGUUUAAUUCUAUAUCUUGUAAGCUCUGCAGGUAUAGAGAAGACAUGAAAGUGAUCUCUCUACUACAAGUUCAAUACUUUUGCUUGAAAAAGAUUAAUUACAAAAUAGCACUUUACUUCUAAUGGGUGGCACAAAUCUGAAUAGGUUUUGCUGCCAAUACACAUGAUGUUUCAUAAACAUCUUAAAAGUCAAUGGCUAAAAGGAUUUAGUUGUGUGAAAAUCACAAAACCAUGGAGGAAUAAGGGAAAAGAGCCAUUUCACUGCACAUUAUGAUUCAAGAAGCCUUCAGCAGUUAAAAAUAUAUACUAUUCAGUGCUGCUUUCAUAGAAAUAUUAACAAAUGAUAUGAUCUAAAAAUAGAAUGCAAUUUUUUGAGAUUACUCACAUUAUACAUCUCAUGCAAAUAUUUAUUUUUAUAGUUUAAAAAAUAUCAAUUCAGGUUGGCUAUACAAGUAACAAUUUACAUAAAAAAAUAAUUAAUAGGAAAAAUAUUACUUUGGGGAGACUAAAUAACAAGCCUGCAGCCAUUUCUGUUUGGAGUAACAAUACAGCCAUUUAGAAGAAGAAACAAAUACUAUAUAGAGAGCUGUGGACUUUUAGAUAUUUAUUUUUCAACUAUCAUUUUCAUUGCAUGUUGUAAAUCAAAAUGCAGAUGGCAUAAGAUCAUCCCAUUUCAUAAUCUAUCACAUUAGAAUAUUAGAGAAUAUUCUAGAAAUCAUCAGAAAUAAUUCUGAAUUAAGAACCUAAACAGCCUAUACAAUUAUAAAAACUAAAUGUAUAUAUAAUCACUUAAAAGAGAUGGUAUUCCUAUUCCUAGCCCUGACUACAUCAAUACCAAGAUUAGAAGAUAUUGGAAAAUGUGAUUAGUAAUACUUUUCCUUAUAGUAUCCUGUGCCUGCCCUGGAGGGCAUAUUUUCAGAUAUUAAGGUUAGUGUUGUUAGAAUCGGUUUAAUAAAAUAAAAAUAACAUUUUCCUAAUAGAAACAAUAUUCUUAUGAUACUUGGAACAUCUAAGUUUAUAAGGAAAAACGUAUAAAGUAAGCAAUUUCUUCAUAGACACCUCCAGUUUAUAUAUUUUUCAAAUAGGCCUUUAACUUGAAGUUCAGUUACUUCAAGAAAAGUGUAACACUUAGAAGGCUUGUGAGGCCAACACCUAGUGUGUUACUGAUCCUAUAGUAGGGCUGUGCAUCACGUUGUUCACAAUUGAAUUUCAAAAUUUUAACAGUUUACAUUAGAAAACUGUUACCUAACAACCAAGCAUAUACAAACUCAUAUACAUACUUAAAUUGGUACGGUGGUGUAUGUGUGCGUGCGUGUGUGUGUGUAUGUGUUUUAGUCCUCAAGAUGAAGUUAAAUAUAGACUUCAAUUACCCUGCAAUGAAUUUAAAACACAUUCUGUAUGCUUAAACUUUGAGUGCGUUGGCUGUAAAAUGUAUACGUAUAUAAAGAGGAUACCUACUAAACCCACCUUAAUCAUAAAGGAAAAUUAUUUUUUGUUAGAAUUGCUUAUUAAAUAGGCAUACUUUAUACUGUGGUUUAUAAUUUCAAAUAUAACUUGGGGUUAUGGUCCUAUUCACUAAGAGAAUGAAAGAUAUCCAUGAGUUAAAGAUAAAAGAACAAAACUAAAAAUUUCAGAUCUAACAAUUGAAAGAAAAUUGAGGCAGUAAAUGACCUCUUUAAUGUUUUACAAUAUUAUCAUGUUAUUUACAGUUAAUGCUGAAAUAAUUCUCAAGUGCAGGAAUAUAAAUGUUAAGUGGUUUUAUGAUUCCAAGCUGAUAUAUUUCACCUGUUAAAAAUUAUGCUGCUAAAUUAGCAUUAGAGGCCUUAUGUUUGGUAAUUACAAGUGUCUGGGCUAUUGGCGCGUCUCUAUAUAUGUGUGUGCUUUGUUCCAGUUUCUUCAAAUUAUCUAUGUAUAAUUGUAUGAAAUAUUUAAAUAGCAAAGAAGUCAAAGAAGAUUGUUAAAUAUUCAACAAGAAUCAUAAAUACCUUUAUAUGUAUUUUAAAAGUAUUGGGCUGUUCUGAACAUGAUUAUGCUGGUCUGUCUGCCUUUUAGCCUGACUCCUUCACUCUUGUGUGUGAAGUCUAUUAGCAACUUUCAAUAAGCUAAGCAAUGUUGUAUCUUGCAAAAAAGCCUCCACUCUGAGAAACAGGGCCUUAUUGAGUGGGAAUGUUUUCAUACUGGGACUACUGAAAUUUUGCAGAUGUGUGCAUCUGUUCCAUUUAAGGUGCCCUUAAAUGUGUUGAAUGUAAUGUGUUGAAUGUUUAUGUGUAAUGGCUAAAGUAUCUAUAUGUAUGUGCAUAAAACUGUCACAAGAUGUAUUCUCAGGAAUACUGUUACCUGGAGUUUGAAAGGAAUAACUAUUAAAAAAAAAGUUGGGGAAGAUUAGAAAAAAGUUCAAGAUAAAUGUUCAAAAUAUUAUUAAGUACAUGACUAAAAGCUAAUUACUACAUAUGAUAAAUGCAGUGUUGGUAAUAGUAGAUCAUUUCUUAAGCCAUGAUACUUAAUGAUAUUUAUCUUAAUUCAGAGGAAAAACAAAAAAGGUACCCACUUCCCAUGUAGAAAAAAUUAGACUCAGCAAAGAGGUUGCUUCUUCUGAAAUUAGCUUUUGAGAGACCUUGGAAUAAACCAUGUGUUAUCCAUGAUAGUAUGACUCAUAUCCAAUUAAAACAGUUUAAAUUCUGGAUAUAGGAUCUCCUAUAGCAAAACAUUUUACUUUCAUUUUUCAGUAUUUGCUGCUUUCUAGAAUUCUAUUAGAUAAGCUAUGUCAUUUUUCUGAAAAAGAAACUGUGUUAUUGAGUGUAUUAAGACAAGGCACUGAGAACUACAGUGUCAAAAUCAAAAGGCAUAAAUGGGCAUGGCAGUGCUGGUGGAAAAAUCUGUGGUACUGGUGAUCUGGUUAGGGCCUGUUGCACAGGCUGGGAGUAACUGGUUUGCUGUUUCAAGCAUCCAAGAGUACCUUAAACAAGGUGAUAGCUCCUCUCUUCUUUAGCAUUAUAUUCCUUUAGUCAACAAAGAACUUUCUCCACUCUGCUGCCCAGCUCUGAGAGUAUCUGAGAUGAGAAUAGGAUGUGUGUGGAGGGGCCUUUAGGGAAGAAAGGGUCAUAAAUGAAUAGAAGUACAGUCUGAAACAUGAAUUAAAUAUCCUUCCUCAAGUUAUAAAGGAUACUUUAAUAGAACACAGUCUCCAGAAUUCGCUGCUAUCACACCAAGUCAUGCUGUUGCCCUGUGACCUCACACUUCCAAUUCCAUGGCCUUGUCUUUGCAGGGAGUAAAAAAUCCCACUUCUUUUUACUUUAGUGGGUCUCAACUGCAGCAUUUCAGAAACAAAUUUUGAUUUGACACUCAGGAGAAUAAAAACAAGUUGAGGGCAGAAUGUAUUUGGAAAAGCUUAAGACAAAUUUACUGAUAUUAUUUUAUGAUCAUUUAGGAUUACAGAUCGAUUUACCUCCAUAAAUCUUUGAAUUGUCACUGUGACCACAGGAUGAAAAUCCUUUAUUAGCCAUUUUAUAGGUUAAAACAAAAAAUUGACUACACAGCCGACUUCCCUCAGAUAACUAUGAAGUCUAUUAUGAGUACUGAAUGACCAAAGAACAUGGAAAAAAUACAUAUGAAUAAAUACUGAAAUGUUUAUGAAAGAUAUUUAUGAAAGAUAUUAAGACUUCUGUGUUUAGGUAUGCACAUAUGAUAAAAUAAAUCUAAAAACAUUUAA